GCGAAAGGCACUUCUUGACCUUAUACCUUUUCUUUUUACCUUAAACUCUCUAUCACAAAAUGUCGGGCAAGGGUGCUAAGGGUCUCUCUGGCAAGGGUGCCAAGGGCACCAUGGGCGACAAGCUCAAGGGCGACAAGAAGAAGCCCACCAGCCGUUCAGCUAAGGCCGGUCUGCAGUUCCCUGUGGGCCGUAUUCACCGUCUCCUGAAGAGCCGUGUGACUGCUAACGGACGUGUUGGUGCCACCUCCGCGGUGUACGCAGCCGCUAUCCUCGAGUACCUCACCGCUGAGGUGCUGGAGUUGGCUGGCAACGCCUCGAAAGAUUUGAAGGUGAAGCGUAUUACUCCUCGUCACUUGCAGCUGGCUAUUCGUGGUGACGAGGAGCUGGACACGCUCAUCAAGGCCACCAUUGCUGGCGGUGGUGUCAUUCCUCACAUCCACAAGUCCCUCAUCAGCAAGCAGCAGAAGAAGGACGGCCUGCCUAUGCUGGCGUAAUGCUUGAGAUUUGCUAAUUGAUAGCGGCGAGAGGCUUGACAUAACCUGACUGACUGUUAGACAGAGACCGUCUUGGUUUGCAUGCUUCUGGCAUGCGUUGACUCUACCUUUACAUGAUCUUGCUUGGGAUAGCUCUCUGUACAUAGGCGUCUUCUGCCGCAGCCAUGGCUGCUGAUAGUUAGUUGGGCUUACAGUUAGUUGGCUUCGCACUGCGCAUUCAAACCCGGUAUACCCUAUGUGUGUUAU